ACACGUUACUCCGAGAUACAAGUGUGACUUUACACAUUACUCCGAGAUACUAAUGUGACUUUACACGUUACUCCGAGUUACUAGUGUGACUUUAACCAUUACUCCAACAUACUAGUGUGACUUUACACAUUACUCCGAGAUACUAGUGUGACUUUACCCAUUACUCCGACAUACUAGUGUGACUUUACACAUUACUCCGAGAUACUAGUGUGACUUUACCCAUUACUCCGACAUACUAGUGUGACUUUACACAAUACUCCAAGAUACUAGUGUGACUUUACACAUUACUCCGAGAUACUAGUGUGACUUUACACAUUACUCCGAGAUACUAGUGUGACUUUACACAAUACUCCGAGAUACUAGUGUGACUUUACACAAUGCUCCGAGAUACUAGUGUGAGUUUAUGCAUACUAAUAUGUCGCCACAGUGUAAAACAUUAGUGAGUAUCACCCAACAUUUCUGUAACCUGCUUUGUAAGUGUUUGUUAUUUAUAUUUAUUUACAUAUUCUUUAUUAUUUACAUGUUUAAAGUUGAUCAUGUUCAGAUAAAGGACUGGGCUGUUCAGAGAAGAAAGGGUUAAUUGACUCAUUUCCUGCUUUUGAGCUUCCACUGAACUUCCCUCACUAGUUCCCUUCCUCCCUCUCCCUCAUUCUCUCUUUAUCUCCCUCACCUCAGUUAAUGCCUCUAUUUCCCCUGCACUCUUUCUCUCUCCUUCUCUCCUUCUCUCUUUGCCUCUUUUUUCAGCUCUUUUUCUAUCCAUCCCAUUCCCUUGUCCACUCUUUCCCUCCCUCCUUUUUAUCUAAGUGCUUUGGCCGGGGGUUUCUUCUUACACGUCGGGUUUUUCCUGCCCGCUCUACAUCUGGAGAAAAUUUGAUCACCGCAGAGAACAAGGGAUAAAGUGGAAAUAAAGAGAGGAGAGGAAGCACUUCAUCUGUCCAGCCGGCCGAGAGCCUGCCAUCUGCGGUCCGCUCAGGGAACCUGAGCGUGUUGAAGAAGCGCUGGGAGGAGAAGCGGCAAAACGCACCAGCUGGGACCACGCCCAUCCCUCCAGCUGAACCUCGACCUCCGACUCGCUCCCAAAGCUUCAGACCUGUGAAGGUUCAGGAAGAGAAGAAGGCUGAGGUGGAGGAAGUGAUGGAGACGAAGCAGGAGACGAAGCAGGAGAUGAAGCAAGAGAUGAAGCAGGAGAUGAUGAAGGAGAUGAAGCAGGAGAUGAAGCAGGAUAAGACGCAGGAGAUGAAGCACGAGAAGAUGCAGGAGAUCAAGCAGGAGAUGAUGACGGAGAUGAAGCAGGAGAAGAUGCAGGAGAUGAAGCAGGAGAAAACACAGGAGAUGAAACAAGAGAUGAAGCAAGAGACAAAACAGGAGACAAAACAGGAGAAGGUGGUGGAGGUAGAAGACAAGGUGGAGGAAGAGCAGAAGAAGGAAAUGGAGUUGAGUUCACUGUCCAACUCGGAGAAACCAAGCGUCGCUCUCAACAGCCUCAAGAUGAUGUUCGAGAAAGGAGAAACCAAGGCCCGACGCAUAAACAGCACUUCAGAAGACUCGGAUAUUCGACCAGCAGACAGAGGUUUGGCGUCUCUGGAGCGAUCCAAAUCUCUGAGGGUCAGAAUGGCGAAGUAUCAGGCUGCCGUGUCCAAACAAGAGACCCACAGUCCUCAGAGCUCGUCGACCCAGGCUGAGAUCGAGGUCAAAAGCUCAGCGGUGGAUCUGAAGGAAAAUGCACCUCCUAGUGGUGGAGAACAAACUGAGAAAGAGAAUGCAACUUCAGAGUUGUUGAGCACUAAACCCAAUGGUGUGUUAGCUGAUACAGGAAGUUCGAGCACUGCAGCGUCUGAGCCAGAAACCAACGACACUCCCAAAUUUGUCCGGGGGCAGAAGUUUCGUGCUACUGUGCGAGAAACUUGCGUUGCUUGCCAUAAGACUGUUUACCCGCUGGAGAAACUGGUGGCCAAUCAACAAACCUUCCACAGCUCCUGUUUCCGCUGCGCUCACUGCAACACUAAGCUCAGCUUGGUCAACUUCGCCUGCCUGCAUGGUAACAUCUACUGCAAACCUCACUUCAACCAGCUCUUCAAGUCCAAAGGGAACUACGACGAGGGUUUCGGACACAGGCCUCAUAAGGAACUGUGGACGGCCCGAGGUGACAACGAGGAGAACGAAGAGUCUGAAAAGCCAAAACCCACUUCACCUGACCCCAUCCCAGUUAAACCACCCAGUUCAGAAAAAGUCUUGGAUCAAAGUUCCACAGUUGAAGAAACUCCGAUAGCGAAAGUCACAGAUCUUACAACACCUCUGGAGACCAAAACUCAGCCACCAGUUAAAGAAGCGGAGAAACCUGCAGCUUCUGUGGAGACAAAAAAAUUGAAAAUCGCUUGGCCACCACGUACUGAAGGUUCCAAUUCUGCUCUCGAAAGAGGAAAAAGCCCGGUUAGAGUUUUCAAGCUAAAAUGGCCACCAGAGGAAGAGGUCCAAUCCAAUCUGGAGAGCACAGAGCGAGUGGAGUUGAAGUAUCUGAGACGCAGUGCAUCUCUCAAAGAACGAAGUCGACCUUUUUCCGUGGCACCUCGCCUGGAAUCCACCAAUCAGGAGCAACCACACCCCCUCAAGACCACUUUGGUGAGGUCUGGCUCUAUGGAGCUCCGUUCAACUUCCAAAAUUCAGAUUGUCCAGAACAAGAAAGGUGAUGAGAGCUCAGAAGCAAGAAAGUCCUCAGAGUCAGACCACAAGGCUUUAAAUAGCAGUGAGGCGGAGGUUCCUCCAAAGCAAGAGGAGAAAACCAAAAUCCCACAAUCGAUCCUGAAACGGUCACAAUCAAACAAUCAAAGGGAGGCUUUUGAGGACCAGAUGGAGGCUGAGGAGAAACCAAAAAAACCCCUGGAACUUAAGAAAACAUCACCUCCCCAAGCUGCGGAGAACAACAGGACGUCUCAGGAUGUUGGUUUCUGGGACGGAGAAGAAGCAGAAGAAUCCCCCACCAUGGAGGAGGUGAUCAAGAGGAACCGAUGCUAUGAAGAUGAAGAUGAAGAAUUUGCUGAAGUUUGAAACCACGCAUCCCUCAGGAUCUCCUCAGACACUGAGAGCGUUAUUAGAGUAAUGAAAAUUAUUUUGAAAAAAGCCAUAAAUGGUUGCGGUGAUGAGGUUUUUCUGCUUCUUAUUAUUAUUAUUUUAUUUUCAUCUUCAUCAUCUCAUUUCCAACUGGAUGAAAAAAAAAAAAAACAGAUUAUUUUAUUGCCGGUGCUCUUAAUGUCACCACGUUAAUCCCUGUUUCGUUUUGUUUUGGUUUUUUUUAGAGCUGGAACAAAAUGCUGUUUUUAUUGUUUAGGGUUUUUAAAUUUCAUGCUUUCAGUCUUUCUCAGCAGCCCUAUUGCAACCA